AUGACAGGCAAUACCUCUCUUUUCAAACGGCUCGUCCGCCGACUCGAGGUCAACCGGGAUACGGAGGAUGUAGACAUCUAUGUCAACAAAGACACUCGGCCAUUGCCACCGUCUCGUCGCACUUAUGGCCCGUGGGAGUUUGUGGGCCUGUGGAUGAUCACAGGUUCUUUCAAUGUCGGUGGUUGGACAACCGGAUCGGCGCUGAUCUCUCUCGGUCUCAAUGUCUGGCAAUCAAUGAUCUGUAUCAUCAUAGCUCACACAUUUGUGGGCUUCGUUUGCAUUGCCGGUGGUCAUCCUGGUGCCCGCUGGCACAUUGGAUUUCCCUUGUGGAUGAAACAGAACUGGGGCGUAUGGGGCUACUUGUUUCCAAUGGCUAUCCGGGUCUUCCUCUCUUUCGUCUGGACCUCAACAAACACCUGGUACGGUAGCCAGUGCCUCAAGGUCCUCCUGACAUGCAUCUGGCCUUCAUUUCUGAAGCUAGACACCCCCCUCGCUGACGGCGCUAUGCGUGUAUAUGACUUCGUCUCGUUCAUCAUUUACGUCCUUCUAUGCUUGCCACUUAUGUGGUUCAGCCCCGAGAAUUACCGCAAGCCCUUUCUGUUUGCCUCGACUACCGUCGCCACGGGGGUGUUCUCUCUUCUCAUCUGGUGUACUGUCCGUGCAGGUGGAGGCGGAGCUCUGCUGGCCGAUGUGAGUGGCAUCUCGGGAGUAAAGCCCGCCCAAGGAGCAGCACUCGGAUGGGCUUUCAUGUCUGCCAUCAACGCGAAUAUCGGCGGCAUCGCGACCCAUAUGUGGACCCAGUCAGACUACACCCGCUAUGCCCGCCGGCCCGGGGAUCAGAUUCUCGCGCAGCUGGUCAUGGUGCCGCUCGGCACGAUUGUCGUGGCCGGCAUCGGGAUCGUGUCCACCUCGUGCGCGGCGACGUUGUAUCCCUCAGAGAAGAAGCUCCUUUGGCAGCCGUAUGCUCUCCUCGAUGCUGUACGUCGCCACGAGGACAACUCCGGAGCCCGCGCGGGUGUUGCCUUUGCAAGCAUUGCCUUUAUGCUGUCUCAGUUCGGCAUGGUGGUUGCAUGCAACUCUGUCAUUGCAGGAAUCGACUUGGCUGCCUUGCUUCCGCGCUGGUUUACCGUGCGCCGUGGUGGUUACCUGACCAUCCUGUUUGUGUUCAUCAUGCAGCCUUGGUCGCUGUACAAUUCCGCAACAAACUUCUUGACCGUUGUGGGGAGCUUCAACGUCUUCCUCGGCCCAUUGAUGGGUAUCAUGUUUGCAGAUUACUUCAUCCUGAGAAAGAGAACCAUGAAGCUUACGGCGCUAUAUGGAAACAAGCCAAGUUGCAUCUAUUGGUACACGGGUGGGUGGAACUGGCGUUGCGGUAUCGCGUUUGUGCUCGGUGUGUGGUUCCUCGUGCCGGGUCUGGCACAAAGGGCGAUCGCUCCGACCGACCUCUGGGGCGGGUGGACAAGGUUGUACCAAAUGUCAUGGUUUGUUGGCUGUGCUGUGGCUGGGGUCGUCUAUAUUGCUCUGGACUUCUUCUGGCCUAUGCAGGACAAGCUGGCUGUGGAUGAUGUGGAUGUGUUUGGAACUUUCAGUGAGGUAGAGGUCCUGAGAGGUGUCGAGAGCGAGACUGAACAUCCUUCCACUCCGGGUUACGAGAAGGAGGAGCCGGCUGACAAGGUGCUCGGUGUAUGA